CACUAACCUCUCCCGCUGGCGUGGUUACCAUAGGAACGAGGAAAGCCGAUCUGAGGAUUACGGCAGACGGUCCAAGCAGUUUGAUUAGCACAGCCUAAAAUCAGUAAUAACAAGCAUUUAAUAUCAGAUAUCAAAUAACAAAACCGUCAUGUCAUCUGUUUCCCAGGAGCUGAAAGACACUUCAGUGGCGAGCUCCAAAUGGCUUGAUGCUCACUAUGACCCAGUCGCCAAUCUAUACACCUUCUCCUCCUGCAUUGCUCUUUCAGAUUUGCAUGGAGAUGGUGAGAAUAAGCUGGUGGUGGGUGAUCUUGGCACAGGAGUGUGUAACAUGAAGCUAAAGGUGUACCGUGGCACUGGUCUUUUGAGUGAGAGCACCCUGCUGGACCUGCCCACUGGCAUGGUCUCCUUUCUCAUGGACCUGCACGAGCCACGAACGCCGGCCAUCGCUGUGGCCUCCGGUCCCUUCAUCUACGUCUACAAGAACCUGAGGCCCUACUUCAAGUUCACGCUGCCUAGUCUGGAGGUGAACCCUCUGGAGCAGGAUGUCUGGAGUCAGGCCAAGGAGGACAUGAUUGAUCCAAUGACGCUCAAGGAGAUGUUAGAAGGUUUAAGGGAUAAAGCAGAAAUUCCACUCUCUGUCAGAUCACUACGGUUCCUCAUGCUUGAGCCACAGGAAAUGGAGAAUUUCGUUCUUCUUCAUAAAGAACAGCCCAUACGUAGACAGACGGUCAUUACCUGUAUAGGGACGCUGAAGAAGAACAUGGCAGAUGAGGAUGCCGUCAGCUGCCUGGUGAUUGGCACAGAGAACGGUGAUGUUUACAUAUUAGACCCAGAGGCCUUUACCAUCCUCUACAAGAUGUCACUUCCCAGUACACCUACCCUGAUGGACGUGACGGGACAGUUUGAUGUGGAGUUCCGGAUCACUGUGGCAUGUCGCAACGGCAACAUCUAUAUACUACGCAGGGAUUCCCCGAAGCCUAAGUACUGCAUUGAGCUGUCCUCUCACCCAGUGGGACUGGUGAGGAUUGGAAAGAAUGUAGUUGUAGGAUGUUCUCAUGAGGCGCUGCACGGUUACACUCAAAAGGGGAAAAAGCUGUGGACCGCUUAUUUGCCAGCCCCCGUGACCACCAUGGCGCUGAUGGACCUUCCCACACGAGGUUUCCAGGCUGUGCUGGUGGGUCUGGCCAACUGUGAAGUACACAUGUACCGAGACAAAAAUCUCGUCAGCACCAUCAAGACACCAGACGUAGUGACAAGCAUUUGUUUCGGACGUUACGGACGGGAAGACGGCACACUCAUAAUGACCACCAAAGGAGGAGGUUUGAUCGUGAAGAUCCUCAAGAGGACGGCUGUGUUUGAAGACAGGGACUCGGCCCCUGGACCUCCAAUAGCCCAGAGCAUUCGUCUCAAUGUGCCCAAGAAGACCAAGCUGUACGUGGACCAGACCUUGAGAGAGCGCGAAAAUGCUGUGGCCAUGCACCGAGCUUUUCAGAUGGACCUGAGCAGGCUGCGUCUCGCUGCAGCGCGGGCCUAUGUCAAAGCCCUGGAGUCCAGCCUCACGCCCAUGUCAGCGAGUCUGACCGAGCCGCUCAAGAUGAAUGCGGUGGUUCAAGGGUUGGGCCCAUCCUUCAAGCUCACGCUGAACAUCCAGAACACUGCAGCGUGCCGUCCGGUCAUGAACCUGGCCAUCAGUUUUCUGUACGAUGAAAAUCUGUAUAGCAUGAAGACGGCGUUUUUCAAGAUCCCCUUACUGGUUCCAGGGCUGAAUUACCCCAUUGACACUUUUGUGGAGUGCUUGAGUGACAAAGGCAUCUCUGACAUCAUCAAAGUGUUUGUGCUGAGGGAAGGAAAGAGUGCUCCUCUCCUCACCGCCCACAUCAACAUGCCUGUGAGUGAAGGACUUGCACUGAACUGAGAGCCAAUCAGCAGAGCCGCUCUUGCUGUGUUCCUAGCAGCAGUUAGGCUUCUCCCCAGAGCUGCCUGGAACAGACAGCUUUUCAUCACAGGAGUUAAGAGAAGCUUGCGCUGGCCAUAGGGCCGGUGCUUCCUGUAGCUUAGACCAUGACUGAGGGAGGCGUGUCCUCACAGGCAACACCUCUGUACCUUUUAAUGGCUAGUGACUGGAGCGUUUGAUUGACAGCUGAAGGCCUAGCACUCCAUAGGUCAUAGAGUUUGGAUGUAAGAGACGUUUCUGAUGUUUACUUGUGGUAGUUAUAUGUAAAAGCAUAUUUAUUCUUGAUGUAAUGAUCACACACUUUAUAAUGCAAUUGUGAGGCUUUAUUUUCAUACAUAUUGAGAAUAAUUGCAUAAACAGUUUGUCUAAGGCAGUGUGGUAAGAGGAAUAUUGUUCACUACUUUUAAAGCACACAAAUGAAAGGAAACAAGGCACAAGGGUGAAAGGUCACAGGAGAUGAUCUCAGCAUAGAGCUGUGAAUGACUGACUCUUCGUUUAAGCCUCGAUUCUGACCAAUCCUUGGGCCUUAGCAACUUCUCCUUAAUUAUCAGAUAAGCAUUUGCUCUUCUCUUCUGUAUGUCUAUGGAAGUGUUAAAAAUUAUCCGGGUUUACAGGUAAAAUAAGUGACAUGGUGACCCAAAGAGAAAGGUCAGUUCACUCGCUCUCUCCAUUUCACAGAUUCACAGUACUUUUCUACACGACAGUGACAUAUGUUCAACUGUUCUUGCGCUCAGAUAUUUGUUUGCAUGCAUGUAAACUUUAUAUACACUACCAUUCAAAAGUUUGGGGUCAAAAGGAUAAUCAAGGCUGCUAGAAGUAUUAACAUAUAAAAUACAAAUCUUUCUGAUCCCAGACUCUUGUAUUGUAGUGUAAACACUGCUUUUUCUGAGUUUAUUCGGUUGGCUGUUGCUUUCCUUUCCUCUCAUGCUGUAUGAAAACUGAAUCGUGUCAUAUAGCUGAUAGUAUGAGUUCCUUAUUGUCAGUCAGGGACCCACUUUGUGAAUACUAAUGAGGAUACAGGAGGCAGAGGAAGGAAGGACAGAGGAAGAGGAACAUCCAUCUAAGCAAACAUAGUGAGGGUGAUCCACUAUAAGAAGACAGGAAGAAAACAAAAGGGAGGGAAAAUGUUGCAAACACAUAUUACUAGAGACAAGGAAGCAUUUGCUGCUGAAAUGUCUAAUUACUAAUGAGCAGUUAAGACUAACCUGGGUGAAGUUGAAGGAUACCAAUCCAUUUUCAUCAGCGCCCAUUGAUUUAAAAGUUUCUGUUGAAAUAAAAAGUGAGCUCUAACAAA